AUGGAACCAUUACCGUUGAGCUUCCAUUAUCAUCUUAUAUCAUUACUUUGGUCCGAAAAUAAGCUGAUUACAUUGGAAAGUAGAACAAUGGCUUUGUGGCUUUUGUUCAUGAAACAAAUUGACAUUACCAAGGUUACAUUUCGUUCACCCAUCUUUAUUAAAUCACCAAAAAUUUGUUAA